AUGAGGGCAUCAAGGGCCGCCAGAUGGCUUAAUAGUCGUCUGCUACUGGGCGCCCAGCAGUCGAGCUGUGGUAGCCACUCUUUUACUGUAUCAGCUGCUGCUCCCGUGUGGGAGAGCCGAAGAGCCUUCAGCCAGACCAAGCGUGCUGGCAGUGCUGCGCAAGAAGCUCUCAAGAAAGCUCAAGAAGACGCUGCAAGCUUGACGCCCGAAUAUGUCGCCGCCAACAUGUCCACCGAGGAGGCCAAGCGCCUGUCUCGAGUUCGCAACAUCGGUAUUGCUGCGCAUAUCGACAGUGGAAAGACAACCGUCAGUGAACGAGUCCUGUUCUACACCGGCCGAAUCAAUUCGAUCCACGAGGUUCGAGGCAAGGAUUCCGUCGGCGCCAAGAUGGACUCUAUGGAGCUCGAGAGGGAAAAAGGCAUCACCAUCCAGUCUGCGGCUACAUUCGCUGACUGGAAGAAAACGGAAAACGGCAAAGAUGAAACCUACCAUUUCAACCUGAUUGAUACACCCGGUCACAUCGAUUUCACAAUCGAAGUCGAGCGAGCUCUGAGAGUGCUCGACGGUGCUGUCAUGAUUCUGUGCGCUGUUUCUGGCGUCCAGUCUCAGACCAUUACCGUCGACCGUCAAAUGAAGCGUUACAAUGUUCCCCGUCUCUCUUUCGUCAACAAAAUGGACCGAAUGGGUGCCAACCCCUGGAAGGCCGUCGAACAGAUCAACACUAAGCUUAAAAUCCCCGCUGCCGCUAUUCAGAUUCCUAUCGGUGCCGAAGACGAAUUCUUGGGCGUUGUCGAUCUUAUCAACAUGCAGGCUAUGUACUUCGAGGGUCCUCGUGGUACUAAGGUUCGCAUCACUGACCAGAUCCCCGGCCCUCUCCAGGAACUUGCCAAGGAGAAGCGCCAGGUCCUGAUCGAGAAGCUUGCUGAUGUCGACGAUGAAAUGGCUGAACUGUACCUCGAUGAGCAGGAACCCACCAACGCUCAGAUCAAGGCUGCUAUUCGCCGUGCCACCAUUGCCCGUGCUUUUACUCCUGUCAUGAUGGGUUCUGCCCUUGCUGAUAAGGGUGUUCAGCCUAUGCUUGACGCGGUCUGUGAUUACCUGCCUAACCCUUCUGAGAUUGAGAACACUGGCCUGGACAAGUCCCAGGGCGAGAAGACUGUGAAGCUCGUCCCCUAUAACUCUCUACCUUUCGUCGGUCUUGCUUUCAAGCUCGAAGAGAACAACUAUGGCCAACUUACCUACAUCCGAGUCUACCAGGGCAAGCUAAGCAAGGGUACCUACCUCUUCAACUCGCGAACCGACAAGAAGGUCCGAAUUCCCCGUAUCGUCCGCAUGCACUCCAACGAGAUGGAGGACGUCUCCGAGGUCGGUGCUGGUGAGAUCUGUGCUGUCUUUGGUGUCGACUGUGCCUCUGGUGACACCUUCACCGACGGUGGUCUCCCCUACACCAUGACGUCUAUGUUCGUCCCCGAAGCUGUUAUGUCUCUGUCGAUCAAGCCCAAGCGAACUGGAGAUGCCGACAACUUCAGUAAGGCUAUGAACCGAUUCCAGCGAGAGGAUCCCACUUUCCGUGUCCAUGUCGAUGCCGAGAGUGAGGAGACCAUUAUUUCUGGUAUGGGUGAAUUGCACCUUGAAGUCUACGUUGAACGUCUCCGCCGUGAGUACAAGACCGAUUGUGUCACUGGUCAGCCUCGUGUUGCCUACCGAGAGACCAUUGCCCGACGAGCCGACUACGACUUCUUGUUCAAGCGACAAAGUGGUGGUCCUGGUGACUUUGCCCGUGUUGCUGGAUGGAUUGAGCCUAACGACAAGCCUGACGAGAACCACUACGAAAGUCAAGUUGUUGGUGGUAACAUUCCUGACAAGUUCCUCUCUGCUUGUGCCAAGGGUUUCGAAUCGGUUUGUGAAAAGGGUCCUCUUCUGGGUCACAGGGUUAUUGGCGCCAAGAUGGUUGUCAACGAUGGUGCUACUCACGUUACCGAUUCUUCCGAUCACGCCUUCAACUUGGCCACUCAAAUGGCCUUCAAGAAGUCUUUCCCCGAGGCUGGUGGCCAGGUUCUCGAGCCUCUCAUGAAGACUACUAUCACUGCCCCCAACGAGUUCCAGGGUAACAUUCUUAUGCUUAUGAACAAGCGUAACGCUACCAUCCACGACACCGAUAUUGGCAGCGAGGAUUUCACUCUUAUUUGCGACUGCAGUCUGAACGCCAUGUUCGGCUUCAGCUCUCAGCUUCGUGCCGCUACCCAGGGCAAGGGCGAGUUCAGCAUGGAAUUCAGCCACUAUGCCCCUGCCCCUCCUCAUCUCCAGAAGGAAUUGGUCGCCAAGCACCAGGCUGAGAUUGAGGCUAAGCGAACUAAAUAA